AUGCUAGGAGUAUCCCGUUACACGCAAGUGAGGGACGAGGUUCGAACUUCUCUCCUACGUCAGCGAUCGAAGAUUAGAGACACCGCCGCGUUUGCCAAGGAAAGUAAAAUAAGGUGGGUCGUGAUGCGCUUUAAAGACAACCGUUGGACCAGAGCCGUGAGCGACUGGGUUCCCCGCGAUAUUAAGCGCACUACAGGAAGACCGAAGACCCGAUGGUCAGAUUUCUUCACGAAGUCCUCCAAAGAAAAAUAUGAUGCUCUUCGUGUUCCAUGCGAAAGGAAGAACCAUUGGGCUACUCUGGCACGAGAUCAGGACAAAUGGAAGGAUUACUGGCGCCCGCUCGACCAGUUCGAAGAUCAACGGGAGUCAAGGUGA